AUGUCUACAAAUACAUCUACAACAUCCACAACAUCUACAGCAACAGGUUCACAACCCACCAGUAGUGUUGAACCAAAGAAACAACUAUUCAAAUAUUUAAUUGUUUUAGAUUUUGAGGCAACUUGCGAAAAAGAUCAAAAAUUCCCAAAUCAAGAAAUUAUAGAAUUCCCAUCAGUCAUUGUUAACACUGAAACUUUAGAAAUUGUUUCAACAUUCAGAGAAUAUUGCAAACCACUUAUUGUUCCAAAAUUAACAGCAUUUUGCACAGAAUUAACUGGUAUUAAACAAGAAACUGUUGAUAAUGCAGAUUUAUUCCCAAAUGUUUUAAAAAGACACUACCAAUGGUUAGAAGAGUCGCUACCAGGUGUAAUUGUAAAUGGUCAAAUUAUCAAUGACCAAAUUUGUUUUGUAACUUGUGGUGAUUGGGAUUUACGUCAAUGUUUGCAAAAACAAUUAAAACUUUGUAACAAUAUACCAACACCAAAUUAUUUUAAAAAAUGGAUUAAUAUUAAAUUACAAUUUACUGAUUUUUAUAGUAAACCUUCUUAUGGUAUGACCAAUAUGUUAAGAGAAUUAAAUUUGGAAUUAGAAGGCCGUCAUCAUUGCGGUUUAUCUGACAGUUUAAAUAUUGCUAGAAUUGUAAAAAAGAUGCUGGCUGCUGGUUGUAUUUUCAAUAUUAUUUCAAAAUUAAAAUAA